UUAGAUUAUAAAUCUCUAUGAAGAUUUUAAACACAAAGAGGUUUUAAUAUACGAUUUGAGACUUUUUCUUGUUAAAACUUUUCAUGUUCGUAUUUCCAAAGAUAAAGAAGUAUUUAUUAGAAAAGCUCUCUGGGCGGUGGUCUGAAUUAUUAUUAUAUAAGUGCAAGGUAUGGGCUCGACUAGUUUCUUAAACAAGUCGAAGUCUGGUUUCAGAGCGAAGAGCGGGUCCAGUGGCGGCUCUGACAAGGAAAUGAACGGAAAAUUAAAGAGAUCAAAAAUACGGCGCCCGGUGAAGAUGAAUGAAUAUGGAAUGAAGAGGAUACCGGAUUAUACAGAAUUGGCGUACAAAGAAGCGGUGUCUAAAUUAAAGUAUUUCUUAUCGGGAAAUAAUGCACCGAGCGUCCGUAGCUACGGAGGUUCAGCUUCAAUUAAAAACCUCGAUGAGUCUGAUGGUGAGCUCGAUAAGAAAUAUUCGUCAUCUUUCAAUACCUUGUCUGAAUACAAGCCACGACCACGGCUGACGGCCAAGUAUGCUACAUUGUACGCAGACAGCCUGAACAACUACAUACCGCCUCAGCCAACUGUUACUAAUAUUGCACCACCAGCAUCCGCUGAUUUGAGUGGCGGAACCAAUCCUGAUGUGGUCAACUUUAUACAGAAACAGGAAGAGUACAUUGAGCAACUUGAACGGGAAAGUCAAUAUUGCAGGGACGAGUUGAACAAUCUUCUCGGUAAAGUGAAAGAGGUUAUAUCUGAAAAUGAACACUUGCACGAGGCUCAAAAGAAUAAGCUCAUUUCUCGAAUGUUCCACACUUAUAAUGCUGGCUCUGAGACUGAUGAUUUAGAUGAUGUUGGUGACAGCACUGGACUGGACAGCGAUAAUAAGAUAUCUCCUUCAAAAACUCGCAGACCUAAAUCUCGAUCUGUAAAACUCGAAGGACCAAACAUCGUCUUCGAAUCACGCAUCGCUGAACUAGAGGCUCAGCUGACACAGGCUAAAAUAGAUCUUAAGAAGGUCCAGGAUGAAAACAACGAAAAUAAACGUAAGCUUGCCAAUGGUCUUGUGGACUCGACUUGUCUGGAUGGUUUUAAAAGACAAAUCGAUAAUUUACAAAGAGAUAAAUCUACUUUGGAGUCUCAGAUAUCUAAGCUGAAACUAAAUCUAGAGCAGAAGGAAGGUGAUCUGGACACCCGCUACAAAAGAGGUUCGGAUGCUGUUGAACAACAACUCAGAGAGGAGAGAAAUAAUUUAGAAAUGGAAAUAAGCAGACUCAAGGCCGAGCUGGCGGCGGAGCGCGGCCGCGCGCGCUCGGCGUCGGGCGAGGGCGCGCGGCGCGCGCAGCGCGAGCGCAGCGCGGCCGAGCAGCGCUACCUCGCGCACUGCGACGAGCUGCAGCACGACCUCGCCGCGCAGUUCGACAACGUCGCCAAGCUGCAGUUGGACUUGGAACGACAGCGUCGUGAAGAAAAUGAUUUAAAAAGGGAGCUAUCGAUGAAGAAUGCCGCAAUUGAAGAAUUGAAAAUGGAACUUAAGAACAAAAGCGCGUCCCUUCAAGCAGAUCUGGCUCAAGCCCACGCAGAAAAAGCAUCCCUCGAGGAAGAGCUAGCAAGCGCUAGACUUGCUAUUGAAAGACAUCAACGACAAUCCAAGCAUGAAGUUAACCGACUUAAUUCUGAAAUUCAGUCACUUCGACAACGCUUAGACAGAGCUGAUGCAGAUUUGGUUCAUUCGCGUCGCGAAAACCUGCGUCUCUCGGAACAGAUCUCCAAUCUAGAAAAAGAGCUUAAUUUAAAAAACUUGACACCGAUAUCACCAGAGAAGAACAGGAAGGAGAAAGAAUUGUCAACGAUGCUAGAAUCGAUGGAGAAUAAGCAUGCUAAGACCGUGGCUGAGUUGGAGUCCAUGAUUCAUUCACAAAACAGUCUGAUGGAGAAACUCACCAGCGAAUGUCGUUUGCUUACCGACAAGCUCGACGACACAAAUCGUAGGCACAAGAAAGAACUGGCAACUCUGCAGCGUCAAGUAGAGCAUCUGGGGCAAUCCCUGCAGUCUGCAUACUCGCACCCACCUAAUAAUCAAGCACCUUCCUCGCACACAACCAAUACCAACAGAAUAUCACAUUCCCCGACCGGCGCCGGAUCAGACUAUUCCAGAAAUGAGCCCGCCGGAGACUCCACAUUCAGAGAAAACAACGAUAUCGGAGACGUCGCUGGAGACCACGAAACAUCAAGAAAUAUAGAUCAACCCAUACGAGAUCAAACUAAUGAUAAGAAUAUAUCACAAGACGCACAAAAUUACAGCACAGAAAUAUCACAAGAUGUAGUAAGCAACAUACAAGAUAGUAAUGAAGAUUUGAAUGUAGUAGAAAAAAAGAUAACAAAACAAAAUUCACACGAUUCAAUCGAUAGAGAUGAGAAAUCCAUUAAGAAAAAAUCAUCAAGAGAAAUGACACCCGAAAAACAUAUGAAACAUGAAACAGAAAAGGAUGUUUCGAAAGUUGAAAGCAAUGAAGAACCUGAUGAAAAAGAUCCAAAAAUCGCUGAAACAACAGACAAUUAUAAGGAACAAGAUUACACAGAACCAGUUGAGUAUCCAAAUGAAAACGAUAAACCGUUAGAAGAAACAGCACAAUUUGAAACACAAAAUUAUAAUGAAGAAAAUUUUCCAAAUUACGAACAAAAUUACGACCAACCACAAUAUACAGAGCAAUUUGAAAAUUAUGAACAAUACCCCGAACAAUACGCUAACUCAAACACUCAGCAAUUUGUUGAUCCCAAUACUCAACAAUACGCUGAUCCGAACGCUCAGCAAUACGCUGAUCCGAACGCUCAGCAAUACGCUGAUCCGAACGCUCAGCAAUUUACCGAUCCAAAUGCUCAACCAUUUGUUGACCCAAACGCUCAAUAUGAAGGCCAAUAUGAAAAUUACGCAACGGAUGAAAAUUAUGGUGAACAGACAUAUGACGACACGCAAUAUAACCAAGAAUAUCCUGAACCAGUUCCAGAACAAACCGCUGAUACGAAUGAUAACAUGUCGCCUAACGAUAAAGUAGCUAGCCAAAGUUAGCAUUAAUUAUACUAAGUUGUUUUACGUGCAAUAUAUGUUAUUUUAGCUUUUGUUCAGUUGUGAUUUAAUGCAAAUCGUUUAUCAAAGCUUUUGGUGUUAGGACUGCAAAAAUUGAAUAGAUGUUUUUUAGAUAGUGCAAUUUUUUAGCUAAUCUUUACUUAAAUGAAAUUCUAACACAGUUUUAUUUUAAAUAACAAUAGAAUUUCUAGUAAAAUAUUCCAUUUUCGAAAUAAACAAUUCCUAAAAUAUAUCCGUUCAAUUGUUUGUAGUUAAUAUAUUUGUAUGGAUGCAAAUGUUUUU